AGUGUUAGGGAUAACUACUACUACUAACAUCACUUCUUAAUUUGACAUUUACCAAAUAAAGAAUAUAGACGUACCUUUCCAUUUCCAUUAAAGGGCUGUUUGUGUUGUGUUUUUUUUUUUUUUUUUUGUACCAUACAUAUAAUUAGAGUUGCCAACCAUCCCUUGAAAAACGGAAUCUUCCACAUUUAGAAACAAAAAUACGCAUUCCGUUGAGCUGAAAAGGGACGCACUUUGUCCCACAUUAACGUACAAAUCCAAAAUAGUCUUUAAAAUGUCUCAUUAAUAACAGAGCACUUUAUAUGAAACUCAAAAUCAAGGCUGUUUUCACUUCAGUUGCUAAUAUGUAGAAUAUACUUCCCAGCUCUGUACAACCCCACUUCCUUUUUGUGUAUUGAGAGAAUUAAUAUAAUUUUUUUUUUCAAAUUGACAGUUUCAAUAGCUAUUUGUUCAUUAUUAAUGCUCUGCACACUGCUGAGUAUUUGUUAUAGUUUGGUCAAAUGUUGUAUUCACCAUAUGUAAUAAAUUAUUGAUUUAAUAAAUGGUUGCUGAAUCCUGGCAAUUAAAAACAGCCUAAAUAACAACCGUAUUUAUUCAAUGUAUUUUUUAAUGAAUUAAAAUAACUAUUACAGGAACUACAAUUACAUUUCCCUACUGUUGUUGUUAUUAUAAGUUGUUUUCGCGCUACUGUUUAGCCAAGCUCUACUGUGAACGUGUUUUGUUUGGAUUUCCAAACCUGUCAAUCCAGAUAAGUCUUCUUAAACCAAUCAUCUGGAUAGUUUCUCUAUGGGAGGAGGGACUUCCGUCCAUCGCAAAGGUUUGUUUCCGUCUGGUUGCUAACAACCUGCUGUCAGUAACUUCGUCUCUAUAUCGUCGCUCCAUGCAAUGAGUGUUCCUGACAGCGGUGUUCGUAUCGUGAGUGUGAUGAUGAGGCCGUGGUAACGCUGAAGUCCCGCUGAUCCUCAGCUCCGUGCUGCCUGCAUGGUGCUGCUCCGCGGUUCUCUGCCCGCUGUUUUCUGACGCUCGGAGGUUCGCAGUCUUGGCCUCGAGUUGCUGCUGCGAAUUAACUUAAAUUCACAGCGUCGUCCUACUUUUAUCAUGUUCAUUUCAUAAAGAUGGCUGUGAGAAGGACACUGUAAACUAAAUGACUGUCAGAAACAUCGCCUCCAUUUGUAAUAUGGGCACCAAUGCCUCCGCUCUGGAGAAAGACAUCGGCCCAGAGCAAUUUCCGAUCAAUGAGCACUACUUUGGAUUGGUCAAUUUUGGGAACACAUGUUACUGUAACUCAGUGCUCCAGGCGCUCUACUUCUGCCGACCGUUCAGGGAGAACGUGUUGGCUUACAAAAGCCAACAGAAGAAGAAGGAGAACCUGCUCACAUGUCUCGCCGACCUCUUCCACUCCAUUGCCACACAAAAGAAGAAGGUGGGCGUCAUUCCACCAAAGAAGUUCAUCUCCCGUCUACGGAAGGAGAACGAUCUGUUUGAUAACUACAUGCAACAGGACGCCCACAAUUACCUGAACUACCUGCUGACCUCAGUGGCUGACAUCCUGCAGGAGGAGAAGAAGCAGGAGAAGCAGAACGGACGCCUGAAGAACAACGGCACCACCAUCACCGCUGAGAACGAGAUGGAGAACAAGACAGAACCCACGUGGGUUCACGACAUCUUUCAAGGAACGCUGACCAAUGAGACGCGCUGUCUCAACUGUGAAACGGUGAGCAGCAAAGAUGAAGAUUUUCUGGAUCUGUCUGUGGAUGUGGAGCAGAACACAUCAAUAACACACUGUCUCAGGGACUUUAGCAACACGGAGACUUUGUGCAGUGAGUACAAAUACUACUGUGAGACGUGCUGCAGCAAGCAGGAAGCACAGAAGCGGAUGCGUGUGAAGAAGCUCCCCAUGAUCCUGGCCCUGCAUCUGAAGAGGUUCAAGUACAUGGAGCAGCUGCAUCGUUACACCAAGCUGUCCUACAGAGUGGUGUUCCCUCUGGAACUGCGUCUCUUCAACACAUCGAGCGAUGCGGUCAACCUGGACCGCAUGUAUGACCUGGUAGCUGUGGUAGUCCACUGUGGCAGUGGCCCAAAUCGAGGUCAUUACAUCACCAUAGUAAAGAGUCACGGGUUCUGGCUGCUGUUUGAUGAUGACAUCGUGGAGAAAAUUGAUGCCCAGGCCAUCGAGGAGUUUUAUGGUCUUACCUCAGACAUUUCUAAGAACUCUGAGUCAGGUUACAUCCUCUUCUACCAGUCCAGGGAGUGAGUGCAGCUGCAUCGCCGACACAAUGAGACUGAAGAGGAAAUUUAUACUUUUACUCCUGCCACCUGCAUUCCAACCCCACACCUCUUCCUCCUCCUCAUCAGACCUGUCCGACCAACACCAGGUGCCAUUCCUUUGCCAGUCUCUGGGCUUUAGAGCUCAACCUCUUAUCUCUUUGGUUUCUACCACUUGUUUUUUUCCUUUUGCUUUUUUAUUUGCCUUUUGUUAAGUUUCUUUUCGUCACCUGCGUCUGGACUGCACUUUAAAACCAAGGAAAAACUGCUUAACGGCUUGAAGGAAGUAAAAACAGAUUCAACAUUUACAGUUAUGGAUUCUACAAUCUGUAACGCUACACUUCACGACACAGGUAGGUCUGUGAUGGAAAUGUGAAAUUAAAAUUACGGUAGACUUACCGUGUUUUCCAGACAAUUCGUAACACAGGAAUAUUAGUCUCAUCUGUCUUUUUGAAAGAUUUUUUUACACAAUAAUCAAGGAAGACCGAACAGUAGACUGAAUAUAUCGUCUUCAGUGUCACGUCCUUUUCUUUUUGUUCCCAUUUUCUUUGUGUUCUUUUGGAAAGUCUUUUGAAAGUUUUUGUUUUUAUUUAUUUAAGGAAGUCUUUUAUGGUUUAUUCAUGUAAUUGUCUGUGUAUACGCUGCCCUCCUGUGGCCACAGAUGAUAUAAGGCACAUUUUUCAUACAUAAGUCACUUCUGAAUAUAAGAGGCAGAACCAACCAAAGGACUACUAAGAAAAAGUGCAUUGUAAAGUCUGGAAAAUACGGUAAAUAGUCAACUUAAAAAGCACUACAGUAAAUAUUUCACAAAAAACUACUUUAGAUAUGAACUGAUGAGAAGCGAUGUUUUGUCAUUCAUAAACAGUAACAAAAGACAGAAUCGUAGGCCACAUUUGAAGGACAAAGGAUUCAGAGCUAAAAGCUCUGCAUUACUUAUGUGUAAAUUAGAUCCUUUUUAGUGUCAAACUGCAUUUCCCCUUUUGGUUCAUUGUCUGGUCUUUUCCAUGGUUUCUAUCCCUGGUGGAUGAAUGAGAAGUGAACAAGGCUGGAGACAAACACUGUAAAAUACACCUUGAAAUCUAAGCAAUACAUUAAGGAAUAAUCGUAGGAGUCGUUGGCUUGAAUCUACCUGUACGUACUGCUGUCUGUCAGUGUCAUAUGACGACUUCAUAACAUUACACACACACAAAUAGGAUUUAAAUGAGCUUACUCUUUGAAAUAUUUAAAUCAAAUAUUAAUGCCAUAUUUAUUAUUCUUGGUAUAUUUAUUUCAUGGGUCAGUAGCUGAUGAGAUGAACUACGCAGCCCCAGCUCUUUUUAGAGUUUUGUAUGUUACAACUGUGUCUCAGUGGGACAGACACGGUGGAUGGAAGACACUACUGCUGGGACACAUACUGUCUCUUCAACAACAAUAGGACAAGGACGCAUUCAGUCCAUACGUUUGUUGAUAAUUUUGAUUGACAACAACCCUUCAGAUUAUACAAUAACAUGACACUAGUGCAGUAAUGAGUAGAGUUAUUUUUCAGUGACACUAACAAACGAGAUACUCGAGUGCAAAUGUUGCAUAUAUGAGUGUUAUUUACACUUGUCCUGUAGAAUUACAAAAAAAGGUUUUAUACUAACCUUUUUUUCCUGUUUUCAAGACCCGGUUGACCUGGACAUUACAAUAGAUACAUUCAUGUGUUUUGUUUGGGGUUGUUUUUGCAUUAAAGUGGGGCUACUACUCACUGAGUUACUGAAUUCACUUACUGAUUUAUAACAGUAAUAACUAAGGUUUUAGGUUACUGUCUAUUUUCUUUUUUUUUUUGCUGGAUUUAAAGACUUGGGAUUUUGACUUGGACUCGAACACUCGGGAUCAACUGCAACAUGACACUUGCUAUCAUUCUUUUGCACGUUUUUUUUCUCUCUCUCUUCAUCUACAUUUAUUAGUAUACUUUUGAUUUGGUUGAUGUAAAUGUUUUAGUUUUGCGUGUGUCAUACGUGGCACACUAAAAUCCUCAUUUCAAAACCUUACAUUUUAGCCAAUGUAGCUCCACUUAUUUGUGUUUUAGGUUUUAUUUACAUUCCCUAAAACAAGUUCAGAACAACAGCUUUUCUUUUACCUUGUCCACUUCACAGGAAACAUCUCAUCGAACACGAGCAGGAUUUAAAUAGUUGUUUUCGUCCACGACAAAGAUACUGGAUUGUGUUUGUGCUGGAUGGAGUGAGCUUUUUAUUUGUGUGUUGUCUUCUUUGUUUAGUCUGUUACCGGGCGAACUCUCGUGCCAAACUGGAGUGGAUGCUGACCUUUGCAGCAGUCCUAAUGUAACGCCGUUUUCUUUGCAACCUGUAUAUUGUGUAGAAAAAGCCUGGAAAAUAGAUUUCAAAAAAAUAUUUUUUUAAAGAGCAAGAUUUUAGGCUUAACACUGACCAUUCGGAGUAUGUGUUUGAAAGAAAAAAAAUACUGUGCUGUUUUACAAUCAGAAUCAAUCAGAAGUGUGUUCUGAGGUCGACGUCUGUCUGCUCGUUGCUGUUACUGGGUUAAACUGAGCCAGGCUAGGAAACAACGAGGUCGACUCAGGUGAGGAAAACUUUGUCUCUUUGUGUCCUGAUCUUCCAUGAACACUUAUGCACUUAGCCUCACUGAGAAACUCGGUUUUGUUUGCACUUGGUUCUAAACAGACUGGUGACUUGGAAACUGGUUCAACUAGAAAGAACAACAAUACAAAUCUGUUGACAGUUUUCAAACUCAUAACAAAAUCCAGUGACACGUCCUUAAACAUUUGUUUUCGUUUUUUUUUCCAUUUGUCACCUGUUUGUGUAUGUUAUUAUUGUGGUGUGUGAUUUCUGAGAGCUCAGGUGAGCAGAGUCCUCCACCAGGGGGUAGCUGAGCUCAUUAGACAGAAGGUAGAGAAGGACCAGUCUGGGUGGCUGUGAACUGAAAUUGCACUUUAUUAGUGAUGAGCUUCAGUGCUUAAAUAUGAAGAACCACAGUCUGAUACGUUCAUCUUUUCUUCUCUCAAAUAAAUGACUAUCAAUACAA